GAAAACAGCCAGCCAUUUAAUGUGAAACCAGAAAAUGGGUUAAAAAAAUCCGUUUUUGUCCCUCGCCUGCAGCACCCAGAAGUGAACAGCAGGCGACCCGGAAGGUUUGAAGUCCGACUGAGAGCGAGCAGAAAGAAGAGUCCAAUCCUGUAUAAAAUAUUUCUUCUCUCGCUGCUUCAGGAUGGCUGAACCUCGCUUUAACAAUCCCUAUUUCUGGCCUCCGCCUCCUGCCAUGCCCAGCCAGCUGGAUAACCUAGUCUUGAUCAAUAAAAUCAAGGAGCAGCUGAUGGCAGAGAAGAUCAGAGGGCCACAUCUGCCUUCUGCCUCAGCCCCCUCCUCCCAGCAGCCCUUACUACACAGCCAGGUGGAGAGCGGCCAGCACGGGAUGUCCAAAGCUCAGCAGAUGCCUGUUCUCCAUAGCCCAUCUCAGCCUGACAUCGCCCUGCACGCACGCCCUGCCUCCAGCUCCGUCACAGGUCGUAUUCUGGGGGAUGUCAAUUUGAAUCUAGAUGAUAAGGCAGCUAUCAAAGCCAGAGGAUUAUGGGAAGACUGGCAUCUGCGUCAACUGAUCGACCAUCCCGCCAGGACGAACCAUGUCUCAGGUGUGGCGCUGGCAUCCAGAACAGGCAACCUCAACACCUCAGAGAUCAUCACCCCUACCACCCCCACCUCAAGCAGCCACAGUCGGCUGGGCGGAGCCCCCACACCUCACCUCAUCUCAGGGUUAGCCUGCAGCCACGGGAUGGAGCCUGGAAAAAACAACGGAGGCCUGGUGGGACUCCUCGGCCCUCCUCCAAAGGAGGAACGAGGGAGAAAGAAGAUUAAAGCAGAGAACGGGUCUUCACUGUUGGUGGUGCCCUACCCGAUACUAGCCUCAGGCCACGACCAGUCCUGUGUCUCCAUCACCACCAAAGAAGGGAAAACCUACAGGUGUAAAAUGUGUCCGCUGACCUUCUUCUCCAAGUCAGACAUGCAGAUUCACUCUAAAACCCACACCGAGGCGAAGGCUCACAAGUGUCCUCACUGCACCAAAUCCUUCGCUAACGCAUCUUACCUGGCCCAGCACCUGCGCAUACACCUUGGCCUCAAACCUUACCGCUGCUCGUACUGCGAGAGGUGUUUCCGACAGCUCUCCCAUCUGCAGCAGCACACCAGAAUCCACACAGGUGAGCGCCCUUAUAAAUGUGCCCAUCCUGGAUGUGAAAAAGCUUUUACUCAGUUGUCUAAUCUGCAGUCUCACCAGCGGCAGCACAACAAGGACAAGCCCUUCAAAUGUUCCAACUGUUACCGUGCCUACUCAGACUCUGCUUCGCUGCAGAUCCACCUGUCUGCACAUGCCAUCAAAAACGCCAAGGCCUACUGCUGCAGCAUGUGCGGUCGGGCAUACACCUCAGAGACAUACCUUAUGAAGCACAUGUCCAAACACACACUGGUGGAACAUGUUGUGUCCCAUCACUCCCCUCUGCACAGGACAGAGUCUCCCACCAUCCCUAUAAGGAUCUCUCUCAUCUGAGCUCCUCAUUUGAAACGAUCCCUGUGAUAUCUGUGCUCCUUCGACGGACUUUGAACCCACAGACAUGAACCUUUAAGUGUGCCAGAUUGUUCAAGCAUCUUGUGAAGAGGUGCUCAUGUCAUGAGUAUUUCCUCUGUUUCUUUCUUGCUGACCAGAAAGUAUUACCGGGGACAUCCAAAGAUGACUUUUCAGCACUUUCAGGCCUGGAAGGAAAGACAGGCCUUAAAAUGUCUUUUUCUACGUGACUUCACAGGAAGAAAAAAAAAAAAAAAAAAGUAUCGCUCUGGGCAGCUACAUGGAAAAUCUUUUCAAACUUAUUUUGUGUUAAAAUGGAUUAACUUGUUUUUAAUAUGUUUUUUUUUUCUUCAGUUAAGUUUUUUCAAAAAAAAAAAAAAAAAAAAAAAGCUUCAGAGAUGGUCUUCCGUUAGCUGGGCUACCGAGUGAACGUAAAGGUGAAUGCUUAUAUAAAGUUAAGUCAUGUAAAAUGUGCUACUCUAUGUCUGUGUUUGCGAUGUUUCACCAGUUAUGUGGCUAUAAUGCACACAUAAAUAAUGAGUCAACAUUUUUGUUACUGUCAUCCUCACCAAGUUUCCAGCAUCCCCCCUGACCUCACAAUGAAGAUGGAUCCACCUAUUUUCUUUUACAAUAUGUUUUGAAUUAUUCUCAAGUAUUCCUCAAAAUAAACCCUGACCUAUUGAUACUGUUAUAAAAAGUGUUUUUAUAAAAAGAAAUCCUCACCGAAAAUCUAAAUUGAGUGAGAUUCUUCUUUCGUGUACUUGAAACAAUAUGUUUUUGUAAUAUUCACUUAAAAUACCAAAAUAUAAUAUGUAUUUACAAAUUCUCCAGUGUUCUUUUUUUUGAUUAUUCUGAAAUAGUUUGUUUUGGUCUCUACUGCACCUGUGCAAAUAAAUAUUCAUAAGACUGACAUUUAAGAGUCACUGAGCCGCACAAACAGAUGUGUUACCUUUCUGGAAAUCUUCAUGGGUUUUGCUUUUCACCAUUAAUGUCUUAACUGAACAAUCAUGCUUCUUUGAAUAUGUCCAUUUUCCUUUUGUUUUCUGAGUGAACACUUGCCAUUAUAUGCAUUUAAGCCUUAACUUUGUUCCAACUCUUGGGUCCAGGUUGUUUUGUUAGCACUUUUCAGUUGCCCUUGAUGUUAUUAUAGCAUGAUAUAUAUCCUGUAAAUAAACUAUGUUAGCUGUUGAACUGUUUUAUAAUAAAUAAUUCUAUUAUUACAAGAAAA